AGGCGCUUACUUUAAAGACCACGUGUCGCAGCACCAUAAGGUUCGGCAUGCCUUGUUCUUUGCACUUCUAGCUUCGAUUUCAGUUUGCCUUGAUCUCGUCCUUGUGUUGUUUUUGAUCGGUGUCGAUACUUUUUCUACAAAAGAUAACACCCUCUACACACAAGUUACCUCCUGGCUAAAAAAACUAAAAACGGCUAAAAUUACAACUUACUACUAUGUUGGGCUUGUCUCCAAACACUCCACUGACCUAAAGCACUUCAUAAAUGGAUUCACCGUUCCGAAACAAACCGCUCAAAGUUGCCGGAUCAAAAAGGUUGUUCAAUAACUACCAUAUUUGUUUCACGAGAUAGUAUAAACCAGUUGAUUUCUUUGAGCUCGCCUCUUAUUCCGGCACGGUUCCAGGUUGUUGCAGUUACGAGUUAUGCUUUAUACUGUCCCAAUGAAGUUCGUUGCCCUCGUCAGCGGUGGUAAGGAUAGUAUAUAUAACAUCAUGGAAUGCAUCGCACAUGGCCACAGUUUGGUCGCCCUUGUUAAUUUAUGUCCUCCAAAGUGCAGUGACAACAAAACUUUAGAAAUCGACAGUUACAUGUACCAAAGUGUUGGGAGUGAAGCCGUAGAACACAUUUCUAGUGCACUUCAAGUUCCUCUUUAUCAGAUGGAGCUACGCCGUGUGUCCCAUUGUAAACGCAUGGUGUAUUGCGAGUGCCAGGAUGACGAGGUUGAAGAUCUUCACGAAAUCUUGUGCAGAGUGUUGUCUGAAAUCCCUGAUGUGACUGCUGUAUCAAGUGGAGCUAUACUUUCAGACUAUCAGAGAUAUCGUGUCGAGAAUGUAGCAAAUAGGCUGGGUUUGCGCUCGUUGUGCUUUUUAUGGCAACGGUCUCAAGAUGAACUUCUGGAAGAUAUUAUUUCAGCUGGUAUAGAUGCCAUAAUUGUCAAGAUUGCUGCUUUUGGACUUACAGUUGAAGGCUUUCUCGGGUUUUCUCUAAGGAGUAUUGAAUACAAGCUUCGCCAAUUAUCAGCUCAACCUUGGCUUCUAAAUGUUUGUGGAGAGGGUGGGGAAUUCGAGACAGUUACAUUGGAUUGCCCGAUAUUUCACAGUAGAAUUCACUUAGGGUCAAAACCUGAGAUUGUGAUGCAUUCUAAAGACCCGUUUUCACCCACUGCCUAUCUCCGUUUAAGAAAUCUUCUCUUAGAGGCGAAACCAUUGAAUGAAGUUUGUCGAACAUCAGAGCAGCUUUUUUCUUUAAACUGGAAACGUAACAGUGAAGAAAAUAAUCCAACACACAAACGUCCGCCGUUCAUAUCUCCGUUUGAUAGGUUAAAAAACAUACAAUUGAAAACAUGUGAAGAAAUAAAAGAUGAUGUUGCUGUUAUGUUUGAGAAAAAGAAUCAUUAUGACAAAUUUAAUCAUCAUUAUCAUGAAAAAUGCAAUGAGUUUAGCUGGAAACCAAUAAGUGGUUUUGCCAGACCACUAGGUAAUGACAUCUAUAUUACAUCAAAUUAUUAUGGUACUAGUUACAAAUCAAAUAAAAUAUGUGAAGCUACAAAAAAUGCUUUCAGUCAAAUGAAAAGUGUAUUCGCUUUAAAGGAAAUUAAACCUCAACAAAUUGUACAAUUCAUUGUCAUUUUAAGUCAACGUUUGUCUUCAGAUGUAUUCAGUGAUUUCAAUCAAGCCUAUACUAAACAGCUAAGCAGAUGGUUAAAAGAAGUGGAAACUGAUAGUACAAACUUAAAACCUGAAUAUAUUGGUUCGUAUAUGCCAACACGUGUUUGCGUUUGUGUGGAUUCUCUUUCAUACGAGGUUACUCAUUGUUCUGAAGAAGCAUUUACGAUUUGUCUAUCUGCUAUCAUAUAUUAUGGCGACAUGAAUAUGUUUGAGUGGAUUGAUUCUCUACGUGGUCUAUAUGUCCAGUCUAUUUCACACUGGGCUCCAGCUAAUAUUGGACCUUACAGUCAAGCAAUAGCUGUUCCUGUCUCGAAUAUUCAGUUGGAUGAUGUAUCUACUUGUGUUAAAGAUUAUAUUACAUUCUAUUCUGGUCAAAUUGGGUUAAUUCCUGAAUUAGAAGUUCUACCAUCAGAAACUGGAUAUUUCGCUGAUCACUCGGAAGCACUGAAAGUUGAAUCCUGGCUUUCGUUAAGACAUUGUCAUCGAAUAAUGAAAUACAUGACCCCGUCUAACACAUGGCUAAAUCUGUUUCUUGGGAUUUGCUAUGCAGUUGACGAAGCUUCAAUAAAUCAGGCUCGAAACUGUUUUCAUCAAGCUGUUUGUUCACAAAUACUGGAUAAUACCGACAUUUUGGGUAAAUGUCAUUGUGACAAAUGUAUUGUAUGGCUUCUGGUAUCAAAUCUGCCUAAAAACGCCACAGUUGAAUGGCAAUGGAUAACUGGAUUACAAUCAUCAUUGUUAAUUACGUCGUUGAAUACGAAAAUUGACAAGGCAUCAGCGAUUCCUCCAAAUACUUUUAUGCUGUUCUAUCGAUAUGAUGUUAUUCGACUGAAUAUACAAGAACUAUCCACUUUACUUGGUGAUAAUUAUACAGGAUUUAUAUUGCCUGUUAUAAAAUUUGCCAAUCCUUCUGUAACUGCAGUAUUUGUUUCUAUAGUUUCUGAAUAAUGAUUGCACAAUGAAAUAAAUGAUUGUCUGUUGUUCAA